UGUAAUUAUAAAAAUAUCCACCUUCAGGUUUUGGUACACGUCUUUUUUAUGUAAAAUCUAUAAUGUUUUGUAUAACGUAAACGAAGUAGCCUAGCUAUUAAUAACGAUAUGAAAGUUAUUCUUGCAACAUUCUCAGGUCAGAACGAUUUUGUCUUACUGGAGGCAUUUGUACACUAAUAAUAAUGUAAUAACAACUUUAAUCUAAAUAACGGUAACGUACAAACAAAUCAAAUAAAUAAAUAAAUACGCUGGAGCUGCAGCAACCUUAAUCGAUUAUGAUUGGUUCAUCCAUAUUAGCGCUGAGAAAAGUAACAGACACCAUGCGACCAUAGACAGAAAAGUACAGAAAAUCUUUUCAACAGCUAAGUUCAAAGUUCUUUAGAAGUAUUAAAAUAUAAACACAUAUAUAGACCAAUCCGCUACACUACUAAUUCUCUGUUUUAUACCGAAUUACCGUAUAUUUAUAUAUUUUAAUCACUAGGUAAAUUACACCAGACAUUAUGGUAAAGUGUAGUUUAUUUUUAAGGUGCGCCUUUUUUCGUGUCGUUACGGUAGUGUUGUUCUCCAGUCUCAUGACGUUCUUCAGCGCUGUCUUUAGUGCGCACUGAUGAUUAUGGACGUUCGUGUGUAGAGACGACGAAUAUAAUGAAUGUAACAGAGGACAACACGGAGCAAUGCGGAAAUAGUCUCACCCGAGAACUCACGCAGACUCCUUUAAAGAAAAUAUGGGUGCCAUCCUCCACAAACGGCCUUCCAGAGAGACACAUAAGUCAAAGAAAGGUAUGCAUGACCAACUGCCCCACACUUAUAGUAACCGUUGGUCUCCCAGCCAGAGGAAAGACCUACAUCUCCAAGAAACUGACACGCUACCUCAACUGGAUUGAUGUUCCAACAAAAGAGUUUAACGUGGGACAGUACAGACGUGAAUGUGUGAAGAUCUACAAAUCCUUUGAGUUCUUUCGGCCAGACAAUGAAGAGGGGCUUAAAAUCAGGAAGCAGUGUGCAUUGGCAGCUCUCAAUGAUGUACGGCAGUUCCUCACAGAUGAAGGCGGUCAGGUGGCGGUUUUUGAUGCCACAAACACAACCAGAGAAAGGAGAGAGACGAUCAUCAGAUUUGCAGAGCAGAAUGGUUUCAAGGUUUUCUUCGUGGAAUCUGUAUGCGAAGACCCGGAUGUUAUUGCGGAGAACAUUGUGCAAGUGAAGUUGGGCAGUCCAGACUACACGCACUGUAACACAGAAGAGGCCGUUGCAGACUUUAUGAAGAGGAUCAAAUGUUAUGAGAACUCUUAUCAGCCGCUGGAUGAGGAGCUGGACAGGGACCUUUCGUUCAUUAAGAUCAUAGACGUGGGACGGCGGUACCUGGUGAACCGGGUUCAGGACCACAUACAGAGCCGAAUCGUAUACUACCUUAUGAAUAUCCACAUCACGCCCCGCUCCAUCUACCUGUGCCGGCAUGGAGAGAGUGAUCUGAACAUCAAAGGUCGUAUCGGUGGAGACUCAGGGCUCUCGGCCAGGGGAAAGGAGUUUGCUAAGGCUUUGGGCCAGUUUAUCCAGUCGCAGAAUAUACGGGACCUGAAGGUGUGGACGAGUCAGAUGAAGAGGACCAUACAGACGGCAGAAGCUCUGGGUGUGCAAUAUGAACAGUGGAAAGCGCUCAAUGAAAUCGAUGCCGGUGUUUGUGAGGAGCUCAUGUAUGAGGAGAUCCAGCAGAGAUAUCCACUGGAGUUUGCAUUACGUGACCAGGACAAAUACCGGUAUCGCUAUCCCAAAGGAGAGUCUUAUGAAGACUUGGUCCAACGGCUGGAACCUGUGAUUAUGGAGUUAGAGCGGCAGGAAAACGUUCUAGUCAUCUGUCAUCAGGCCGUCAUGAGAUGCCUGCUGGCCUACUUUCUGGACAAGACUGCAGAGGAAUUGCCUUACCUGAAAUGCACUCUACACACAGUAUUGAAGUUAACACCAAUGGCCUAUGGUUGUAAGGUGGAGUCAGUCUGUUUGAACGUGGAUGCUGUGAAUACGCACAGAGACAGACCAUCGAAUGUUAAUGUACACCGCACUGCCGAAGACGCCCUACAGACCGUCCCGCCUCACUUCUGACCUACAACCACUGCAUCUUCUCCAGUGUCUCUCAUGCAAGCCUGGGCUUACCAUUACUAAAGGUCGACCCUGCCUUCAGACAGACCCCUGGUCAGGUUCUGGUUUUUCAUGUUAACUGGUUAAUUAGUUGCCGUAAGAUUUCUACUGACUGUAUAAAGUAUAUGGUUUCUCACUCCAUGUUUUGAAAGACCCGUGGCAUGAGAUACACAUAACCUGGAAGAUCGUGUUUUGGGAAAUAUGGGUUUUAGGUGGAUGUUACAUUUCUUUUUACGAUGGCUCUUAUAUGUAUGUGUGAUAUACAUAUAUUUACAGAUAUGCCAGUUACACCAAUGGGAUCUGCAGGUAUGUUAUUUUGCUGCUCCUUUAAUAGUGCUCUCAUUUUGUCAAAUCUAAAAGGAAAUCUCUCUGUUAUUUUGAGGGAUGGAUGUCAAAAUGUGUGUGUUUUUGUGCCUGUGAACAUACAAACCUGAGAAAACACUCAUUGUGUCAAAAAAUGUCCUUCAUCUUCUCUAAAGAUAGAGUGACUUUAUUUAUCUUCUUUUUUAUGUUCUUUAAGAGUUUAGAUAUAAAUAUCCACCUGACAUUUAAAUUCAGACACUAAUUGUUGAUUGAAGUGUUAGUUAUUUUAAAUCAACAGUGAGCUGUUCGGGCAGGUAUUUUUAUAUCAUGUACUUUUUGUUUAGAAUAACUGCAGAAUAUUCUGACUUUCCAACAGUGAUUUUAACUGCAUGUUUCUGAGAAAUUGAAGUGCUUGUGAGAGAAGCAUAAGCUGUUUUGUUACAUUAACAAUUUUGGGAACAAGAUAAAAGUCUCGGAAUUUGUAUUCACGAUUUUAAAUAUGUUCAACAAUGAUUCAUCUAUAUCCAUUUCCAUAUAAGGAUUCAAAUAUAGUAUUAAACUCUAAGUUUAUCUGGGUCUGUCCGUUUUAUCUGUAAUUCCUUUCAUCCAGUAUAACAUAGGUAUAGGUUGACUGAAUUGUUGCCUGUCUCAAACCAUGUCCAAAGAGUUCUGUGAUAUAUACUGUGCAUUUGAAACAGAUCUUGACUAUUUAAAUGAGAUUUUCUGGAGUAAGUAAUUUUAUGAUUGUUUUGGUGCCAGUAUCACACUAGAAAUAUAUAUUUUGAAGUUUUGAAGUAGUAGUCCAUUAAAAGUAAAUAAUCACAGAUUUAAAUUCCUUGUAUAUACUGUGUAUCCAAAUCAUUUGUCAUAUUGCUACACCAUGUUGACAUAACAAAGAGACAUAUUGUACCGCAUCAUGGGAAAAUAAUAUAUUUGAUGUCAAAUUACAUGGAUUUUUUUUUUUUGUACUGUUGAAAAUGCAAUCUGUGUUUGUGUGUUUGAAUUUUAUCUCCUCCUUGAAUAAACCUUUUGUGGUGAUUU